UUUCUUCUUGUUUCCUUCUUUGUUUGCUUACUCAGUUAUUCUUCUUCUCCUUUACUAAAUAUUCAAAAAUACACUUCCUUAAUUUAAUGAGAAUAUUUGGUAAUUUAAAUUUCCUUCCAUUUUUAUAAUAAACCCAAUUUGGAAAAUCCGUGGGUAGAAUUGGGAUUCAAGAGUGAAUUUAAUCGACGUCAUUUACAGAAAAAAGAGCGAAGAGAACAGUGAAUGUUGGUUGCUUCAGAGGUGUAGCGUGUGCAAAGUCAUUUUCGUCCUUUCGACAUUAAACUGUGGAAUUUUCUAUAUGUUAUUGAAAAUUCAAAACAAUAAAAAAGGGAAAUCUAAUUCAGAAAACAGAGUAAAGAAAAAUCAAGGAGUUGAUUAAUGGGUUGAUAUUGGGGAAGAAGAAGAAGAAAGGCGUGCGUAGUGUUGGUGUAAAAAUAGAUCGAUAGAAACAAGUUACCGACCAACAAUAAUCUACCUUAAAUCACGGUGAUUGAUUAAAAUGUUAACAUGUAUAACAUGUGCAAAGCAAACAGACGAGAAAGAGGAAGGAGGAGAGCGAGGAAGUGGGAAUGCUACUCCAAAUACAAAAGAAUCUGUUAAAGGCAUCACAGCCCAGAUAAAAGACAUGGCAUUGAAAUUUUCUGGUGCUUACAAACAAUGCAAACCAUGCACUAGCUCGGGUGAUUUUAAAAAAGGCGAGAGAUCAUAUGUGGACUAUGAUAGCGCAUCAGAAGGGGGUCGAUACUCUUACAUGCAACCCGGAAGUACAAGCUCUACACCAGCAUGGGAUUUUGGGAGCAGCACGUACCAUCGCGGUGUAAGAUCACACUCUAGGUUUGCAGGUGGUGGUUAUGGAAGGGAUAGAACUCCUAUAGGACGAGAUUCUAUUGCUGCUAGUGAUUUAGUGAUAGAGGAUGAGAAUGAACCCAAAGAAUGGAUGGCACAAGUUGAGCCGGGCGUGCAUAUAACAUUUGUUUCUCUGCCUAAUGGAGGAAAUGAUCUGAAACGAAUUCGAUUCAGCCGAGAUUUGUUCAACAAAUGGCAAGCUCAAAGAUGGUGGGGAGAGAAUUAUGAUAGAAUCAUGGAACUUUACAAUGUUCAAAGAUUCAAUAGACAAGCUCUUCAGACUCCUGCAAGAUCAGAUGAUGAGCCCAGAGAUUCCACUUUUACAAGAGUUGGAUCAGUGAUGGAGAGUCCUAUGACUAACAAGGAGUGGAUACCAAGAAAUUUUUACCAACCAGCCAGUAAAUCGUUUUUUCCUCCUGAGAGUUUAGAAUCCAGCUACAAUGCAGGAUUGAACGGGUAUGGCAUGGGUGGACCAAUGGAACCAUCACGAACAACGACCUCAUCUAGAGAUGAUGUGUCAGUUAGUAAUGCGAGUGAAUUGGAAACCGAAUGGGUUGAGCAAGAUGAGCCUGGGGUGUACAUUACCAUUAGACAGCUCGCUGAUGGCACCAGAGAACUUCGUCGAGUCAGAUUCAGCCGCGAAAAAUUUGGUGAAGUGCAUGCUAAAACAUGGUGGGAGCAGAAUAGAGAGAGGAUACAAACUCAGUACCUUUAAACCUUUUUUUUCCUUUUUAAGAAAAUUUUCCUCCUGGAGAGUUUGAUCAACGACGAAGGCUUAUGAGUUUUGGCUAAAUUACAGAUAAUGUCUUACAGAAAUGCGUUUAUAUACAUAUUUAUAUCAGUUAAAGUUUAUGUAGUGCCCUUCACAGUUGGGAUGCUCCUUUUAGCUUGGGAUGAUCAUGUUUUAUAAUGCCCUUAGCAUUUCUCAUUUGUAUUUCUUUUCCUUGAUACACCCAACAUUUCAGAAAAUUCUUUCAUUCUUUUAUCAUCACAAAUUUUGAUGUUUCUAAUUGAUGCUCGAAUACCUGGCCGGAGUGCAA